UCUCUUGGGACUUGUGAAAAUUGUCUCGUUGGCGUAUCGAGUAGGAGUUAUUGUAACGCUAGUAAGACUACAAGUCAACCAUGGACACAUAUUAGUUUUACUUUGUGAAGGUGGAACAGGCAAGUGGUUUGGUUAUUAUUUUAGAUAUCGGCAAGUAUUUUGUGAGUAUUGCUUAUAGUAUAGGACUUUCGGAUCUACAAGUGGCCAUCGGCGACAUCAGCAAGUGUGAAUGUCGGACUUGUUUCAUCUGUCGCUUCAGCAUCCUCACAAUAGGUAGUGUUCACCAGGCCCCACCAUGCUGAGUUUCCUCCGCCGGACGCUGGGUCGGCAGUCCAUCCGUAAGCAUGCUGACCAGGCCCGGUUGAGAGAGGCCCAGCGGGCCACCACACACAUCCCUGCUGCCGGGGACUCCAAGUCUGUCAUCACCUGCUGUGUGUCAAUGCUGGACGGCACAGACGUCAGUGUGGACCUAGCGAAAAAAGCCAAGGGUGAGGAGCUGUUUGACCAGGUCAUGUACCAUCUGGACAUCGUAGAGAAGGACUACUUUGGACUACGCUUCAUGGACUCUGCACAAGUACCGCAUUGGCUUGACAUUACAAAAAGCAUUAAAAAACAAGUCAAAAUCGGACCUCCAUACUGCCUUCACAUGAGAGUUAAGUUCUACUCCUCAGAACCCAACAACCUGCACGAGGAGUUGACCAGAUAUCUAUUUGUAUUACAACUAAAGCGAGACCUCCUCAGUGGCAAGUUAGAAUGCCCUUUGGACACAGCAGUGGAACUGGCAGCCUUCUCGUUACAAGCUGAGCUGGGAGACUGUGACCCUGCGGAGCAUGCUCUGGACAUGGUGUCUGAGUUCCGCUUCAUGCCAGAGCAGACUGAGGCCAUGGAGCUGGCCAUCUUCAACACCUGGAAGGAGUGCAGGGGCCAGAUGCCGUCGCAGGCAGAGAUUAACUACCUGAACAAAGCCAAGUGGCUGGAGAUGUAUGGGGUGGACAUGCACAUGGUCAAGGCUCGAGAUGGUAAUGAAUACCAGUUAGGACUGACUCCCACUGGAGUGCUGGUGUUUGAGGGAGAGACCAAGAUAGGCCUGUUCUUCUGGCCCAAGAUCACCCGUCUAGACUUUAAGAAGAGCAAGCUGACCCUGGUGGUGGUGGAGGAGGAUGGAGAAGAGGCUCAGGAGACAGAAGAGUCUCAGGGCAAAGAGCAGCAGCACACGUUUGUGUUCCGUAUGGACCACCCCAAGGCUUGUAAGCACCUGUGGAAGUGUGCUGUGGAACACCAUGCUUUCUUCCGGCUCCGCGGCCCAGUCCAGAAGGGCUCAGCGCGCUCCGGGUUCAUCCGCAUGGGGUCACGCUUCCGCUACAGUGGGAAGACUGAGUACCAGACCACCAAGGGCAACAAAGCCAGGAGGUCAGCAUCGUUUGAGAGGAGGCCCAGCCGACGCUACUCCAGGAGGACCAUGAUGAACCGGGGAGCCAACAAACCCCAGGAUCACAACAACGGAAUGAGCCCCAACACAGAUGCCAAGCCCCUCCACAUCAGAAGCCCCUGGUCCCUGCCCGUGGUCAGCCCUGCAUCCUCAGGCUCCACCAGCAGACCUAUGAAAAUCGAAACCCUCCCCAGGAGUCCUGGCGGUGGCCAAUCGGAGAAGAGGAGCAUGGCCUUGCCACUCGUAGCCGAUCUGCUGGAGACAUGCGUUAAUGACGUCACCCAUACACCCGUUCCCAUGGCGACAGCAGGCCUGUCUGAGGAGGCGGGGCUAAGCAUGACUGCCUCCGCCUCCAGGCUCACAGGGGAGGAGAAAGUCUCUCUUGCCGAGGCGGCAGCACGGCUGAAGCAGCUGGAACUACAGGAGGAUGUGGUGAAGCUCACAGAGGAGUGUCUGAACAGUGUGGCUAGCAGCUCUGUGCCUUCUCCACUUCGCCCCCCAGAGGACCUGAAGAGGAACAUUAUCAAAGCCCAGGCACAGGCUGCCCUCAAGAGCUCCCUGGAGGAGCACGUUGUGAUGGGGGACAAGAACACCAAUGUACAGGAAGCUGCAGCCAGUGUUGAGAUGUUGGCUGUGGAUCUCAUUCAAUCAGCACCUAUGAUGCCCCUUGAAAUACUUAACGGAGGGCAACCAACAAAGGCCGAACCUGAGGAGCUGAAGAUGCCCACCCCUCCGUCACUGCGGGCCCCGCUGAGCAGUAACCUGAUAGACUUCUCAGAACCAACCCCAGUAUUACCGCCAUCAUCAGUGCAAUCCAAGCCCAUGAUAUCACCCCGCUGGAUCAUCCCUGCUGCUGCACCACUCACUGCCAUCUUUACUAACGGCCUCUUUGACCUUGACCCCUCUGCAAAGACCGCCGCCCCUCUCCAACCUGAAUGGGGGGCUCUCACCCCAGCCCUGCACCCCCAUCUCUUCUCUCAAAUGCACAAUGUGAUUGACACCAGCAUUCUGGCCCAGCCACCCAAAGAGCACGGCACCAAGCACAAAGGUCUGUUAACCACUGAGCUCUGAGUGGGAACCAGUGAGGGAGCUUCUACCCUCCUCACAACGAAUACUUCCUACUCCUGGUGUUUCUAAACUAGGGGACUACUUCCUACCCUGAGCACAUUCAUCUCCUACUGCGUUCCCAAACCUGGGGGAAGUUCCUGCCCUAGUGACAACCAGUAUCUCCUACUGCGUUCCCAAACCUGGGGGAAGUUCCUGCCCUAGUGACAACCAGUAUCUCCUACUGCGUUCCCAAACAAUUCCCAAAUCAGCAGCAAUCAAGAGAUUGGAUCAUUGGAAUUCCUCGUCUCACUAUAUUCUAGUUUGGAGCAGUGUUUUUAUUUUAGUACCACCGUUGGUUCACCGCUUCUUGUCAUAAGCAUUCCUACAAAGUGCACAGACUCCCUUUUAGAAAUCUUUAAAGCAGGAAGGGACUGCAAUAAGUGCUAAGGAAGAGGACAUCUGUUCCUCAAGCCACUGAAUUACAUUGGAGCACCUGUACCUGGACUCUGAGAAGAUAUGAAACACUGGAGCACCUGGACCUGAACUCUGAGAAGAUAUGAAACACUGGAGCACCUGGACCUGAACUCUGAGAAGAUAUGAAACACUGGAGCACUGGAUGUGGACUGAGAAGAUAUGAAACACUGGAGCACUGGACCUGGACUCUGAGAAGAUAUGAAACACUGGAGCACCUGGACCUGAACUCUGAGAAGAUAUGAAACACUGGAGCACCUGGACCUGGACUCUGAGAAGAUAUGAAACACUGGAGCACUGGAUGUGGACUCUGAGAAGAUAUGAAACACUGGAGCACUGGAUGUGGACUCUGAGAAGAUAUGAAACAAUGACUUUCUACUGAUGUUUUUUUGUCCUGUUUUUUAAAUAUAUUUUUAAUUUAGUCAUACAGAGUGAAUCCAUCAAGUACCAGUGUUCAGUUACAUUACAUUACAUUACAUUACGUUGUCCUUCUGUAGCUCAGUUGGUAGAGCAUGGCGCUUGUAACGCCAGGGUAGUGGGUUCGAUCCCCGGGACCACCCAUACGUAGAAUAAUGCACACAUGACUGUAAGUCGCUUUGGAUAAAAGCGUCUGCUAAAUGGCAUAUAUUAUAUAUUAUUACAUUUAAGUCAUUUAGCAGACGCUCUUGUUAGGACCUGGUGCUCACUAGACGUUUCUGAAUCUCAGUUAUCAGAGACAACAGCAAUACGUAGAAUGCAGGCAUGAAUUUAGCCACAUCUAAAAUGUUAUUCCUAUUUUGUAUCCAUAUAAAAACGCUGUAGCUAAAACCUGCCUUAAGCUAGCAGAUUGUUAAAUUAUGAUCGCAUAACUUUACACAGUAAGGACAUACUAUCACUACUAUUACCAAUACUAUCACUACUGUUACUAAUCCUACCACUACUAUUACUAAUACUAAUACUACCACUAUUACUACUGUAUCUAGGCCUAUACUGUACUUUAGUUUUUCAUCUUACUGAGUCCUCUGCUUACGACUGGAGUGUCUGUGUGAUGGUAAUAUCUAAUCAUGUAGUCUUACCACUGUUUCUGGCUGUGGUCAUCAAUGACAGGUGACAUGACUCAUAGGCUGACAGAGGAAAUAGGCCUAUCACAAACUUUCUCCAUUGGUUUUUUUUCCACACUAAGCCAAUCAUAUACAGGAUCUCUGGUGGUAGGAAGUUGUCAGUCAACUCUAUUAUUCACUAACGUAAGAUGUAAUUAAAUGUAUUUUAGAUAUCAGAUGGGCGGUAGAUCAGAAGUAGGUAUUUGCGAGACGAUGUGCAGUAGAGUUAAAAGCAGAAUACCUUUUCAAAUACAGUUAAUUUGAACAAGUGAUCUGUGAGCAACACCCAUCUCAACGGAAAGACUUAAAACACAUCACGUUUAGUUUUUUUUACUUAAAAUAGCCACUCUGAGAAGAUGUGAAGUGUUCUCUCUCUGUGUCAUGAAUAUAAACUCAGCAAAAAAAGAAACGUCCUCUCGCUGUCAGCUGCAUUUAUUGUCAGAAAAUGUAACAUGUGUAAAUAUUUGUAUGAACAUAAGAUUCAACAACUGAGACAAACUGAACAAGUUCCACAGACAUGUGACUAACAGAAAUUGAAUAAUGUGUCCCUGAACAAAGGGGGGGUCAAAAUC